AUGGCGGCCACGUACGAUUACGCAGCAGUAUCCGAUACGUCCGGUGGGCAUGGUGGUGUGGUGGCCUCGACCGCGGGCCAUCACCAUCAUCUUCACCACCACCAUCACCACCAUCAUCACCAGCAGCUGGCCACUAGGUACGCCGCUGCCGCUGCCGCAGCCGCCGCUGCUGCUGCGGCCGCUGCCACCGCCGCGGCCAACAUGCACACCGCAGGCGGUGCAGUUCCGUCGGUGUACGGUGGCCCACCGCCGGCGGUUGGAUCUGACAUCGACGGCGGCGGCUCUUACGCUUGCACUUAUGGCGGUGGCCGCGACGGAGGCGGUAAGUCUGUCACGGUCAUUACUGCCACUACUGCAGCGUCGACCAACGCGACAACCACUCCCCCCACAUCAUCACCAUCAUUGUCGUCGUCCAUUUCGUCUUCGUCGUCCUCGUCGUCCACGUCAUCGUUGGCCGACGGUGGUGGCGUCAAGCCCGAAACCGACAGAGACUGUAAGUCGACGGUAGUGGCUGCCGGCAGACGCCAUCACCAUCACCAACUCCAAAGGCCAGAAAUGGCGGUCGACCGUCACCAACACCAACACCAUCUUCAACACCACCACCACCUCCACCAACUCCACCAGCAGCAGCAGCAGCAACAAUUACAACAGCAGCAUCAACGUCAAGGAGAAGAAAUGACCGUCGAUCAUCGCCAUCACCAACACAAUCACCCGGCGUUGGUGGUCGACACAGCCACCACCACCAUGGCCAGCGAUGGAGCAGGUUACUGGUCGGCUGGCGUCUUCGUCCGAUAA